UUGGAUGCUAUCUGUCAGUUGUCCGUUUACGUCCGAGAAUUUUAUUUCUUAUGAAGAAUACAUAAAACCAGAAAAAAACUAAAUAAAUUUUAAAUAUUUACCAAAUUAUUGUGAUAAAUUGAUUUCUUAAAGAAGAACAAACAAAUCUAAUAUCACCGUUUUAAUGGAAUGAUAAUUGCAUCAGCAGCAAAUUGCUGAACCCCACUGAAAAUACGGCUACAAAAUUGAGGGCAGCAGCAGUGGGCCAAUAGCUAGCGAAAUGUCUGGCGACCAAAAAACCCUCCUCAAGGGUCACCCUUCGCAAUAUGUGAAAUUGAAUGUGGGAGGCCGUUUGUUCUACACGACCAUUGGAACCCUCACUAAGCAUGACACUAUGCUGAGCGCGAUGUUCAGUGGACGCAUGGAAGUCCUCACAGAUUCAGAAGGUUGGAUACUUGUUGAUCGAUGUGGUUCCCAUUUCGGAACAAUUCUCAAUUACCUUCGAGACGGAACAGUACCACUACCAGAAUCGCACAAGGAAAUAGCCGAACUCUUAGCCGAAGCUAAGUACUACUGCAUAACCGACUUGGCCAUGAGUUGUGAGCGUGCUCUGGUGAGCAACCAAGAGCCCAAGCCCAUCUGUCGUAUUCCACUGAUAACUUCCCAAAAGGAGGAACAACUCUUGAUAAGUUCAUCGGCGAAGCCAGUUGUCAUACUCCUGGUCAAUCGCCACAACAACAAAUAUUCCUACACAAGCACUUCGGAUGAUAAUUUGCUCAAAAAUAUCGAACUCUUUGACAAGCUGUCUCUGCGCUUCAGUGUUCGCAUCCUCUUCAUCAAGGACGUCAUUGGGUCGAGCGAAAUUUGUUGUUGGUCAUUCUAUGGCCAUGGCAAAAAAGUGGCUGAAGUUUGCUGCACAUCGAUCGUCUAUGCCACAGAUCGAAAGCACACGAAAGUCGAGUUCCCCGAGGCCCGCAUCUAUGAAGAAACCCUGCAGGUACUGCUCUAUGAAAACCGCAACGCCCCUGAUCAAGAAUUAUUACAGGCGACGUCAUCGGUUCGCGGUGGAGUCGGUGGCUCUGGCAUGCAACAGUACACCAGUGACGAGGAAGAAGAACGCACUCAUUUGGCUCGGCUGCGUUCGAAUAAGCGCAAUAAUCCAACAUGAUUUGCGAAUCAGCUUAAUGUGGGGCUGCAUGCGAAGUCGAAACAGUCCCCACCACCAAACUGAACAAACUGCACGACCGGUGGCUAAAUACUGCCAAAGAAAAAAAAAAAACAAUUAAUUAAAUCAAUCAAUAAUUUGCAGUUUUGUGACAAAACAGGUUAUUUACUAUAAUUGAAGAGAAUCAACGAAAGCCACUUUCAAAGUUUCAAAUGCUUUUGAUAAGAAUUCACUCUCCUGACCACCGCCCCCACCCAAUUCCGACACAAUGACCUACAUUCGAAAUUACUAUUUAUUUAUAAUUUUCUUUAUUCUUUUUCUAAUCUCAGUAUUUCACUUGGUUAUUUUUGUUUAGAUUUAAAAGAAAAAUAAGAAGAGUUAUCUUAUUGGGAAUGAAUAAGAAGAAACAAACUGACUGAAAUCUGGAUAAUGAUUGUGUUUAAUUUGUCAUUCUUUUGUUAUCUUUAGGUUUUAAUUUUAUUCAGUUCACGUGAUGUAUUAAAAUUUGCAUUAUAAACAAAACAAAAUAACAACACCUAACCUUUAAAAUGUGUGUUUACUACGGAUUUAUCUUAAACUGUUAAAUUAUUUUUUUAUUGUAAUAAAUGUACGAGUAUUAUAUUCAAA